UUAUGAAAAUAGAGUUUAAUCAAGCCAUAAGAAGAAGAACAAGAAUAUUAAUAAUUAUAAUGAUAAUAAUGAUAAUAAUAAAAGACAUAGGAGAGAGAGAGAGAGAGUUAACGUUUGAUUAUUUUGUAUAUCUUCUUCAAAUGGAAGCAUUGACAAUAAAGCUGACUUAGACUUUGACUUAAAGUGGCGACACGAACAACAAUGACGUGUUCACUGUCCAUGUCCAGUCUGUGUAGUGUUUGUGAAUCUGAAAUGUGAAAAUAGUUUCCUAUACGUCCUAUAAAACAUCAUCAUAGGGUCACGUAAUCCAUUAUAAUGGAUUUGGGUUUUAUCUACACGCCUACAAUAACUUGUACACUAUUAUACAUCACAACAUGCUGAUUUUAAUACACUCAGACUAUUUGUUCACACACUAGUAAUUAAAGUGUCAAUUUAACACUUAAAGAGUACAUUUUAGCACUCAGCCAGUGGACAUAUGGUCCCUAUCGAGUGUUAAAGUGAAACUGAGCAUAUUGUUAACAUUUCAGAGUUUACGCAAGUUGGUAACUGGUUAUAAGAAGUGUUCAUUUUGAUUAACAUCAGUCCCGAGUGUCAAAUAUAAAUAACACUCGUAGUGUUAUUUACAUGUCAUUUAUAUUUGACACUCUGGACUGAUGCUAAUCAAAAUUAACACUUCUCAGUGGAGUGUCGAGAAAAAUAAUAACUCUUCCCAGAGUCGCAUUAACUCUGAAAUGUUAACACUAUAUUCAGUGUUACUUUAACCCGCUGUAAGCAGGAGACCAGGUACGGUGAAACAAAAGAACUCUCUUUACUGAGGACAAAGUCGAACAUGGAACUCAGGUAGAAGGUGAAGUCACACUAAAGACUCACACGGGGAAUUUACAACAGGUAUUAAUGACAACAAUCUGGCAGGGGACACAGGAAAUAAUGGGAGUAUAUAUAAGGGGGGGAAACCACAGGUGUAGAGAAUGAGCAAUCAGGAAGCCAGAGGAAAGAAUGGAAGUAUAUAUAAGGGGGGAAAUCACAGGUGUAGGGCAUUAGCAAUCAGGGAGGCAGAGGCAUGGCUGAGGGCAGGUGGAGGCAAUGAGCAAUCAAGAGACACUGGAGAAACACACAGAACUAACAGGGUGUUACACUAGAUAGGGACCAUAUGUUCACUUCUUUAGUCAUCAUCAUCAAACUUUUAUUACAGACUCAAGGUCCAGAUAGUACAAAUCAUUUUAAAAAACAUACAAAACCACAAGCAAAACACAAACAAAGAAGUGUUAAUGUAGUGUUAAUGUAGUCUUUAAGUGUUAAUUUAACAAUGCCAAUUCUACUGUGCAGCUUUUGACUCGGUCACGUUAGCCGUCUGGAAUUCGAUAUUUCAAGACACACAAGCAUCUGGAGUGUAAGUUGAACUCAUAGUUAUUCUAAAAUGUUGCUUCUGCUAGAAUAUCAGCAUUUUAUAUAAAAAAGCGAUUUAGAGAAACUUACCGCAGUCUUUCAAGAAUUAAAACGCGUGUGAUGAGACUCAAUUUGAAAGGAGAAGGAGGGGGCGGAGCUUCCCAGAGUAACGGUGAACGUUGUCAUCAUCACUGGGGGACUCUGGUUCUAGUUGUCAUCACUCUGACAGUCAGUUCACUUUAACACUGAAUAUUUUACAAAAACAUGUUUAACUCUAUUUGUACAACACUCGGGGCUAAGUUAAUUGUAUUUAUUCUUGCUAUUGUUGUAAUAACUCUGAAAUGGUCUAUAUACUUUGACAAUGAAUGUUUAACACUGGGGAAUUUACUGUGUACUAACUGUUAAAUAGAGAGGAGUGUAACUCUGUAAGCAAUUUUUAAAAACAGUCUGCUUUUCUUUUUGUCAUGUUACAUUUUUAUUUAAUUUUUUGAGAGAGAUUUGUAUUAUUAUUAUUUUAUUGUGAUUUGUUUUUUGCAGCUGUGUAGAGUCUGUUUGGACAGCAGUAAUAAUGAGUAAAGACAUACAUAGGUAUGAAUGAGGGGGUGAAUACAUUCAAAUAAAUCAUACGACAAUAAUGAUCCUCUUAGCAGUGUCUGUGUUGUGUAUGUGUGUGUGUGUGCGUGUGUGUUGCGUGGUAUUGAUUAUUGAUUGAUGUUUGGAAGCAGACCUGCAGCCUGGUCUUUAAGUGGGAUUCCUCUCCUUGAAUCAUGUUAAUGCAGGAACAGGGGUGAAGGGUCAAUUCAGGGGAAAUCAUUAUUUCUUCAAUCAGUUAAAAUAUACAUGUAACAGAGACAUCACACAAGGAACGCUAGUUCAGGUCAAUUUUUAUAACCUCCAACCCCAACAAACCUCCUCAAACGUAGAUUUGUAUCGUGCAAUUACUGCUUGGAAUUUAAUACCUCAUCAUAUAUCUCAUACAGGUAAUUAUUAUUUUUUUUUUUAAAAAAUGAUUUAAAGAGGCAUCAUCAUCCACUUGAUAUCAACUCUGACAUUUUCCAUCCCUUUUUGUAGCCAUCUGAUAUUUCUUUGUAUAAAUGACUGACGUACUGCACAACAUAUACAUCCGAGUCCUCGACUGCACUUUAUUUAUUUAUUUAUCUUGUUCUGUUUGUUUCUGUGGCAGCUGUCCCCAAUCUGGCCUCGGCUGCUGACUGAUUGCCAAUCAGUCAGAGCAGCUGACUGAUUGGGGACAGCUGUCACAGUUUCACGUCAUGUUUUUGCAUGUUUGUAUGUAUUCCAUGUCGUCUCCUUUCUGUGGACCCCGAGAAAUUUAGCGGUCGCUAAGGCGUCAGCUAACAGGGAUCCAGUUAAUAAACAAAACUAAUAAACUAAACUUUGCCUCUGUUUCCCAGCAUGGACAGCCAGGAGGUGGGGGGUGUGCUGCAGGAGUGCCUCGCAGCAGCUCAACGCUCCACCCAGCCCACCGAGGCGGAGAGGCUGAACUACUGUAGAUGCAGAGACUCGCUCUGUGCAGAACUGGCCUCCCUCCUGCAGGAGGCCGUGGAGAUGAAGUGGCCCUUUGUGCCCGAGAAGUGGCAGUACAAGCAGUCAGUGGGUGUCGACGACAAGACCAACCUCAGCGACCUCGUCGGCAAGCACCUGAGCCGGCUCCUGGCCGUUCUCAAGGCGUCCAUCGUGGCUCGGGAGGGGCGCGCGGCGCUGGCGGCCGUCUUCUUAGUCGACCGCUUCCUCUACUGGACGGACGAGUCCAGCCGGCUGUUGAAGAUCACCAAGCUGCUCCACAGACGGCACCCUGGCGUUCCUGUGGCCCCGCAGCUGGUCAUGCGGAAUGCCAGGCUCCACUUUAACUCUGGCAAACUACAGAAGGCAGAAUCCAUCCUGAGCAGUCUGAUUAACAACAGCGGCGCCACCGGUUGUUGGGUGUACCACCAUGAAAGUGACAGGGCUCUUGUGCAGGCCGUUGGCAUUCAAGUACGUGGGACGAUUCUGCAAAAGCUCGGCCUGUGGCUCGAGGCUGCAGAGCUCAUCUGGGCCUCUCUGGUUUGCUACUACGCACUUCCACAACCUGAUAAAAAGGGCAUUGGGACCUCUCUUGGCAUACUGGCCAACAUACUGGUGUCUAUGAAUGAUAAGGACUUCCACGCUUUUAGGACUAAUCCAGAUAUUGAUUUGUCGUUGCUGGGGGAGCGAAGUCACCGUCUCCUCUCUGCUGCACAGGCAGCUAAGAUGGCGGUGGUGUACAGCCAGUACACUUCCCUCUACGUGUUGACCAAUGUGGCAACUCAAGGGACCUGCUUGUUGUCGUACACUUUCUCAGUGCAGUGCCCGGCCUCUCAACGGCAGUCCUUCCUCCUGCAGGCCCGAGAGGCCUUUUCAAUCGGCCUGCUCACCAAAGCAGAGGGCCAGCUGGUCACCAGCAAGCAGGAGCUCCACGCCUUCCUGAAGGCGGCCUACUCCCUCGCCGUGGUUCACAAAUGGCUCGGCACUCCUCCGGAGGUUGUGGCGCAGGCGACUCAAGCGAGCCAAAGAGCUUUAGCAAAUUUCUACGAUUACUGCAAGGCAGACGCCCGAGACAAAAAGGACCUCUGUGCUGAGAUCAUGCGCAGUGUCGCCCAAGUCAAGCAGCUGUUGCGCGUGGAGCCUUUCCUCAAUUCGGACGAGGGGUCUUUCAUCCCCGACAGCUACAGAGACAUCACGGUCACGUCGGUCCAGUUCACUCUGGAAGGCUUCGCCAAGGUGACGCAGAGACUCCAAAAGUACCGCGCGUCGCUGUGCGAGACGACCGUCGCACACUGCCGGAGGACCGCGGGCCAGACGCACGGAGAGGGGUCGUGUAUUAGUGCGACCGUCGGCACGCUCGACACAGGAUGUAGCACCGAGACCUGCAAGGUGUCACCCGGAGGAGAGGAGCCACGACAGAAGGGUUCAAAGUCAACUGCUGUGCCCCCACCUCAGAGGCCUGACCUGCCUACCACUCGGGGAAGCACAGAUAACCUCGGCUCUUCGUGGCAGAACUUCUCCUUGAGCGGUUCAGGGUCUCUUAGGCCCAGCAGCAGCGUUGCCGUGGAACGUGAGGGAAAUGCGCUAAAUCAGAGAUAUCCGACCACCGAGGAUGAUGAUGAUGAUGAUCGGUCAGACGGUAUGCUUCAUUUGGCUGAUGGGAACCAGUCUGCGGUCGGUUCCCAAACUGUACCGAGACCUGCACCAACUGCCACUUCCUCUUCCAAUGCGAUUGGCGAUUCAGAGAAAUUUGAAGUGUUCCGAGCUGGAAGAGAGACGCUGGGCACUGACGAGAUUCCAGCUCAAACCUUAUCCCAGCUAGCUCUUGGAACGCCGCCCUCCGGGUCGCUCAGUGACAGUUCUGGUUCCCAGUCGUCAUGGGUGAACAUUUCAGCUGACCUGCACUCUCCCACCAUCAGAAGACCAGCAAAAGCAGGAAGCAGCGAGUCAGCAGAGGUUGAGAGGAGCUUCUUCCUCUUGGAAACCCUUGAUUUUGAAACCGAUUAUUCAGCUCGUGAUCCCACGGACAAAAAACACACAUCUGGAGACUUGUCCAGGCCACGACCUCUGGAGAGCCCUAAUGGUGACCUAGUAUCUGUAAAAGCUGCGACCAAGAACUCCUCAGCAAACCCACAGUUGGCCCCAGAGCAGUGUGCUUCCACUGAACCCUCCACAGGGAGCUCAUUUGAGGUAGUGGAGGAGCAUCAGAGUGGAGACCAACGCGGGGAAGUUGCUCCAUCAGAAGAUGGAGUUGACCCUCUGAUGAAGAACCCCGUGUGCUACAGCUGCCUGAAGCUCGGCGCUGUCGCUGACGUGGGCCCCGGGAGUCCAUAUGUGCUGACCCAGCAGGAUUACCAAGCCCUCCUGGCUGGAGUUUGCCACGAUUGUCUGCUGAAGAGACUUCAUAGUGACGGGACCCAAUUCAAACUCAAGACACACAGAACUGCCCAUAGCGCUCUGCAAUUAAAGUUCUCCAAGGCAACGGGCCUGUGGACCGCCAGGGAGACCUGCGCUUACAUCGGGGAGCCGAUAGGCGUCGAGGGGAAGCAGAGAGAGGCGAUAUGGGUGCAGUUCUUACACCAGGAGGAAAGGUUGAGCAGCUAUGUGGGGAAAGACUACUUGAAGCCAAAGGAGAUCCAGGUCCACCUGAAAGAUGUGGAGAGACAGAUGACAGCCCAGCACUACGUGACUGCGUUCAACAAGAGCCUUUACGACAAGGAAGUGAUGGCUCAGAUCUUCUUCAUCCCCUCAGAAGCACUGUUGAUUCUGAGCGGGCAUCGGGUGGUGGGCUGCGUGACGGUGGAGCCCUACAUGCUGGGGGACUUUGUCAAACUGACCAACAACACGGUGAAGAAGGACCCGAGCCUCGAGGCCACCGAAUACGGCCUCGCCUUCGGACACUUCACCUGCUUGCUCUCCGACUACCAGGAAGUCGUUGUAGACCUGCAAGGCUGGGUGACGGCUAAUGGCAAAGGUCUGACGUACCUCACGGACCCCCAGAUCCACUCCACCAGGUCCCCCAGGGGCCCGUCUAACUACGCCGCCAAAGGCCUCCGGUUCUUCCUGGAGGAGCAGCACGGGCCCGAGUGCAACGCCGUCUGCCGGCUGCUCCGGCUACCGGCGCUACGGCAGCCGCCGCAUCUCCUGUAGCGGCGAGGAGUCGCCGGAUGUCCAGGGUUUUUUAUUCAUGAUGAAAUCAUCAAUCCAGGUUUCUAAUGCUCACCGUAUUUGACUCUUCAGCUUCGAUGCAAAUUCAACAUAUUAAAAUUACACUUUCAUAACAAAUGGGAAAUAACCAAACUGACUUUUAACGUGUGUACGUCAAAUAUAAGAAAAUAAGAUGCAGCUUCUUCAUUCAUACACGAUGGGGAAUGAACACCUGUUAGAAGGUCAGGCAACCAUUUUAAUGGGAAUACGUACAUUUGUGAAAUAUAUUCAUUGAUGGAACUCUGUUGUAAAAUGCUGAUGAUGCUGUUUUUCACCUUCUAUCACUCUGGUGCCUGAGGAUCAAAAAACAAGCAGAUGAAUGUCGUCAGCGUUGAUAGUAACUGCAUUAUAACCAUAAUAUACAUACAGGAAAAACUUCAGAUAACCUUUAGUGUAUGAACUCAACCUUUAAUGUGUAAUUUAAAUGCAAAUAUUAAAUCAAAUGGAGAGAAAGACCCAGAGUGAAUCUAUAAGGUAAUGCAGAGGUUAGACGAGGAGAAGCAGGUGACCUGUGUACAACAGUCACACACACACACACACACACACACACACACACACACACCUCCACCUCACAUGACGGUGAUGUCAUCACUGGAGUCACGAGCCUCCCUCUCCAGCUGAAAAUCCACUCCUGGGUUUAUCAGCGUCCAUCUUGUGUGAACAAAACGUUCUUUACCCCUGACCCACUGGCCGCUGACCUCGCGGUCUGCGUGAUGUUUAUGAGAAGGGCAUCAGCACACGGGGAAGUUGUGUGUAUUGUUCCUAAAUGUAACAACUGUAUCGUACACAUCAUGUUUCCAGAUAUAAUAUUUAUUAACAUGCAAAUGAUCAUGUGUAGGCCCCCUCUUGGGGGGGGGGGGUCCUCCUCUAUCGCCCCUCCCUCUGGAAUUCUCUCCACCAAAUCUGCACUUUAGACUAUUUUAACAACCUGCUUUUAACCUGUGAUGAUAGAUAUGUGUGUUUUUGUUUUUGUUUCUCGUGGUUUUUAAUCUCUCUUGUUAUUGAUUUAUCGAUUCUGCUCUCAUGUGAUCACCUUAUUAAAGCGUUAUACCAAUAAAAUGCAUCAUUAUUAUUAUUAUUAUAGUGAACGUAAAGUGCACCUCCUCUGCAGGGAGAGGUGUAUAUGACUUUUUUUUAUCUAGAUCAGCUUUUCACCCACGAGGGCAGCGGGGUGGAACAUAAACCCAGGAGGCAGGACUUCCUCCUGGAGCCUGAGUGUGUGUUUAUAAGGAAGCAGCCCUCCUUUCAAGCACCAGAGUGUGUGUGGAGUGUGUGUGUGUGUGUGUGGCUGAAGCGUGGAGUCCUGAAUAUGCAGCUCCUUGUGGUGGUAACGUGCCUCCUGGCAGGCUGCCUGGCCCAGAAGCCUCACCCGUGCUCGAGUCCUCCCCUUCUGAGCGGAGACCUCACCGUG